CCAUAUCUGGGGUGGCUAAAAUAACCAUGCUCCUCCCUCCGUCCCCCACCUGAUCUUUCUAGUUGGAAACUCCAGGGCUGGCAGCCUGGAGUCUUUGUGAAUCUACACUUCCUGCCACCUAUCACUUCAUCUCAGAAGACUCCAGAUAUAGGAUCAGUCCAUGCCAUCGAGAAAGUUGAUGCUAUUAGGCUCAUCUCAAGCUGAUCUUGGCACCUCUCGUGCUCUGUUCUCUUCAACCAGACCUCUACAUUCCAUUUUGGAAGAAGACUAAAAAUGGUGUUUCCAAUGUGGACACUGAAGAGACAAUUUCUUAUCCUUUGUAACAUAAUCCUAAUUUCCAAACUCCUUGGGGCUAGAUGGUUUCCUAAAACUCUGCCCUGUGAUGUCACUGUGGAUGUUCCAGGGAACCAUGUGAUCGUGGACUGCACAGACAAGCAUUUGACGGAGAUUCCUGGAGAUAUUCCCACCAACACCACGAACCUCACCCUCACCAUUAACCACAUACCAGACAUCUCCCCAGCAUCCUUUCACAGACUGGACCAUCUGGUAGAGAUCGAUUUCAGAUGCAACUGUGUACCAAUUCGACUUGGGUCAAAAAACAACGUGUGCACCAGGAGGCUCCAGAUUAAACCCAGAAGCUUUAGUGGACUCAGUUAUUUAAAAUCCCUUUACCUGGAUGGAAACCAGCUUCUAGAGAUACCGCAGGGCCUUCCGCCCAGCUUACAGCUUCUCAGCCUUGAAGCCAACAACAUCUUUUCCAUCAGAAAAGAGAAUCUAACAGAACUGGCCAACAUAGAAAUACUCUACCUGGGCCAAAACUGUUAUUAUCGAAAUCCUUGUAAUGUUUCAUAUUCCAUAGAAAAAGAUGCCUUCCUAAAUUUGACAAAGUUAAAAGUGCUCUCCCUGAGAGAUAACAAUGUCACGACCAUCCCUACGGUUUUGCCAUCUACUUUAACAGAACUCUAUCUCCUCAACAACAUGAUUGCAAAAAUACAAGAAGGUGAUUUUAAUAACCUCAACCAAUUACAAAUUCUUGACCUAGGUGGAAAUUGCCCUCGUUGCUAUAAUGCCCCAUAUCCUUGUACACCAUGUGAAAAUAAUUCUCCCCUCCAGAUCCCUGAAAAUGCUUUUGAUGCACUGACAGAAUUAAAAGUUUUACGUCUGCGCAGUACCUCUCUUCAGCACGUGCCUGCAAGAUGGUUUAAGAACAUCAACAACCUCCAGGAACUAGAUCUGUCCCAAAACUUCUUGGCCAAAGAAAUUGGUGAUGCCAAAUUUCUGCAUUUUCUCCCCAACCUCAUCCAAUUGGAUCUGUCUUUCAAUUUUGAACUUCAGGUCUAUCGUGCAUCUAUGAAUCUAUCACAAGCAUUUUCUUCACUGAAAAGCCUAAAAAUUUUACGGAUCAGAGGAUAUGUCUUUAAAGAGCUGAAAAGCUUUAACCUGUUGCCGUUACAUAAUCUUCAAAAUCUUGAAGUUCUUGAUCUUGGCACUAACUUUAUAAAAAUUGCUAACCUCAGCAUGUUUAAACAAUUUAAAAGAUUGAAAGUCAUCGAUCUUUCAGUGAAUAAAAUAUCACCUUCAGGAGAUUCAAGUGAAGUUGGCUUCUGCUCAAACGCCAGAACUUCUGUAGAAAGUUAUGAACCCCAGGUCCUUGAACAAUUACAUUAUUUCAAGUAUGAUGAGUAUGCAAGGAGUUGCAGGUUCAAAACCAAAGAGGCUUCUUUCAUGCCUAUCAAUGAAAGCUGCCACAAGUAUGAGCACACCUUGGAUCUAAGUAAAAAUAAUAUAUUUUUUGUCAAGUCCUCUGAUUUUCAGCAUCUUUCUUUCCUCGAAUGCCUGAAUUUGUCAGGAAAUAGCAUUGGCCAAACUCUUAAUGGCAGUGAGUUCCAACCUUUAGUAGAGCUGAAAUAUUUGGACUUCUCCAACAACCGGCUUGAUUUGCUCCAUUCAACAGCAUUUGAAGAGCUUCACAAACUGGAAGUUCUGGAUAUAAGCAGUAAUAGCCAUUAUUUUCAAUCAGAAGGAAUUACUCACAUGCUAAACUUUACCAAGAACCUAAAGGCUCUGCAGAAACUGAUGAUGAAUGACAAUGACAUCUCUUCCUCCACCAGCAGGACCAUGGAGAGUGAGUCUCUUAGAACUCUGGAAUUCAGAGGAAAUCACUUGGAUGCUUUAUGGAGAGAUGGUGAUAACAGAUACUUACAAUUAUUCAAGAAUCUGCUAAAAUUGGAGGAAUUAGAUAUCUCCAGAAAUUCCCUAAAUUUCUUGCCCCCUGGAGUUUUUGAUGGUAUGCCUCCAAAUCUAAAGAAUCUCUCUUUGGCCAAAAAUGGGCUCAAAUCUUUCAAUUGGGGAAAACUUCAGUGUCUGAAGAACCUGGAAACUUUGGACCUCAGCCACAACCAACUGACGACUGUUCCUGAGAGAUUAUCCAACUGUUCCAGAAGUCUCAAGAAACUGAUUCUUAAGAAUAAUCAAAUCAGGAGACUGACAAAGUAUUUUCUACAAGAUGCCUUCCAGUUGCGAUAUCUGGACCUCAGUUCAAAUAAAAUCCAGAUGAUCCAAAAGACCAGCUUCCCAGAAAAUGUCCUCAACAAUCUGGAGAUGUUGCUUUUGCAUCAUAAUCGAUUUCUGUGCACUUGUGAUGCUGUGUGGUUUGUCUGGUGGGUUAACCAUACUGAGGUGACUAUUCCUUACCUGGCAACAGAUGUGACUUGUGUGGGGCCAGGAGCACACAAGGGCCAGAGUGUGGUGUCCCUGGAUCUGUACACCUGUGAGUUAGAUCUGACUAACCUGAUUCUGUUCUCACUUUCCAUAUCUGCAUCUCUUUUUCUCAUGGUGAUAAUGACAGCAAGUCACCUCUAUUUCUGGGAUGUGUGGUAUAUUUACCAUUUCUGUAAGGCCAAGAUAAAGGGGUAUCAGCGUCUAAUAUCACCAGACUCUUGCUAUGAUGCUUUUAUUGUGUAUGACACUAAAGACCCAGCUGUGACAGAGUGGGUUUUAGCUGAGUUGGUGGUCAAACUGGAAGACCCAAGAGAGAAACAUUUUAAUUUAUGUCUCGAGGAAAGGGACUGGUUACCAGGGCAGCCAGUUCUGGAAAACCUUUCCCAGAGCAUACAGCUUAGCAAAAAGACAGUGUUUGUGAUGACAGACAAGUAUGCAAAGACUGAAAAUUUUAAGAUAGCAUUUUACUUGUCCCAUCAGAGGCUCAUAGAUGAAAAAGUAGAUGUGAUUAUCUUGAUAUUUCUUGAGAAGCCCUUUCAGAAGUCCAAGUUCCUCCAGCUCCGGAAAAGGCUCUGUGGGACAUCUGUUCUUGAGUGGCCAAAAAACCCGCAAGCUCACCCAUACUUCUGGCAGUGUCUGAAGAAUGCCCUGGCCGCGGACAAUCAUGUGGCUUACAGUCAGGUGUUCAAGGAAACGGUCUAGCCCUUCUUUGCAAAACACGACUGCCUAGCUUACCAAGGAGACGCCUGACUGCCUACAUUGUUUUCAUAUAUAUCACACCAAAAGCAGGUUUUGAAAUUUUUUAAGAAAUGAGAUUGCCCAUAUUUCAGGGGAGUCACCAACGUCUGUCACAGACAUUGGAAAGGUGGGAUUUAUAUAAUGCAUUGGGUCUGCUUUCUUAUCUCUCUGUGUCUCUAUUUGCACUUAAGUCUCUCCCCUCAGCUCUUGUAUAAAACACUGUUGGGAAAAGAGUGUCAAGUAAAGGACGCGGGGCUGUGAUUCUCCUGCAUUUGUGAUGAUUAAAUAUACACACAAUCAUGAGAUUGAGAAGAACUGCAUUUCUACCCUUAAGAAGUGCUGGUACAUACAGAAAUAGGGUAAAAAAAAAAAAACAAAAACCAACAACAACAACAAAAACUUCAAGCUCCA